GACUCGGGUUCGGCUCCGGCUCUCCUCGACAUCGGUGCGGCCUCCGCGACGACAUGGCAGCCGCCGAGCCUGGCGCCGAGGAGGAAUACCCGACAGAGAUCCACGAGUACCUGGUGGCCUUCGAGGAGUCGGUGAAGAGUGCGGACGGGGUGUUGACGAGCCUGGUGUCCGCUCCCCGCACCCAGCUGCUGCAGAAGCUGGACCCUCUGGAACAAGCCAAGCUUGAUUUAGCCUCCGCCUAUGCAUUGAAUUCUCUGUUCUGGAUAUAUCUUGUCACACAAGGAAUUAAUCCCAAAGAGCAUGCUGUCAAACAAGAAUUGGAGCGGAUAAGGACCUACAUGAACAAAGUGAAAGAGAUCAGUGAUCGCAAGAAGGCGGCCAGGCUGGAUAAAGGAGUGGCGGCUCGCAUUGUCCGCAGCGCACUGUGGGAAGCAAAGUCUGGAGGCAAGUCAAAAACAACAUCGCAACCUUCGCAUCAGUGAAAGAAUGCCAAAAGAAUAUUGCAAGAAUAAACAGCAGUGACUUUGGCAAGAACUUUCUCUGACCUGCCACUGGGUGUCAGUCACGAUUAGCUUUCCCCAGUGAAAGGAAAAAAGUCACACAUGGUUGGCAGUAUCUCCUGAACAAUCUCACUGGAAAACAAACCAUUGCACGAAUAAACAAUAUUUAUAGCUUUCAAA